UCCCUCCGUCGGCUUGUACACUUCCGGAAGAAGCGGAAGACAACAGUGGAAAUUGUCAGCUCAUAUGUGGUAGUUUCAUAUUGGAAAACAGAAACAGACACUUAAUUUGAGUCGCUUGACAACCAAAGACACGAACCGUCGACAUGUUUUCAUUCCAGGUGUUCGACCACCCGAUGUCCCGGGGGUUUCAGAACCGCUUCUCCACUCAGUACCGCUGCUAUUCGGUGUCCAUGCUGGCAGGACCAAACGACCGCUCCGACGUUGAGAAAGGAGGCAAAAUUAUAAUGCCACCUUCAGCUCUCGACCAGCUCAGCAGACUUAACAUCACCUAUCCAAUGUUGUUCAAGCUGACCAACAAGAACUCCGACAGAAUGACACACUGUGGUGUUCUGGAGUUUGUGGCAGACGAGGGAAUCUGUUAUCUGCCACACUGGAUGAUGCAGAAUCUCCUGCUGGAGGAAGGCGGUCUGGUCCAAGUGGAAAGCGUUAACCUCAUGGUGGCCACUUACUCAAAGUUCCAGCCACAGAGUCCCGACUUCCUUGACAUCACAAACCCAAAGGCAGUACUUGAGAAUGCAUUGAGAAACUUUGCCUGCUUGACGACUGGUGACGUCAUAGCUAUCAACUACAAUGAAAAGAUAUAUGAGCUGCGAGUCAUGGAGACCAAGCCAGAUAAAGCAGUAUCCAUCAUCGAGUGCGACAUGAACGUGGAUUUUGAUGCACCUUUGGGUUACAAAGAGCCUGAGCGACGACCUCACCACCAGGAAGAACCAACAGAGGAAGAAGGAGAUCCCAGCAGUUACGCUGAUAUGGACACAGGAUUCAGAGCUUUCACUGGGUCUGGCAAUCGUUUGGAUGGUAAAACAAAAGGAAUUGAGCCCAGCCCAGCUCCUCUUGGCCCAAGUGACAUUAAAAGGGGCAUUCCCAACUACGAAUUCAAAGUUGGCAGGAUCACCUUCAUCAGAAACUCGAAGCCUCUGCCCAGGAGAAUUAUAGAUGAUGAUGACGCCAUGAACAGAUUCAUCGCCUUCUCUGGACAAGGACAGUCACUACGCAAGAAGGGCAGAAAACCUUGAAGAACUCAAAGUGGAGAGGCUGGUUUAUGUGCACAGACCCAACAUCUAUUUUCACCUUCAACAGCAAAGUAAAAAACUGGCCUUCAGAUGCACUGAGGUUUUGUCUCUGUCCCUUUUGAAAUGGGAGUGUUGCUGUUUGUUUGGGAUUAUAAAAACUCACAUGGUAAUAUUUUGCUCAUCAGAAGCUGAGCUGUCAGUUUGGUAUUCAAAUGAUCAGGGUGGCUUCUUUUUGGCGGGGGGGGGGGUAAUUUGAGCCAAACAGAAUAAAUUAUACCACCACCGACACAAAGAAUAAUUUGUGAAAUGAUGUUUGACAGAGACCAUUUUCCCCCUUUUUUCAUAAUUGUUGCAUUUUACAGUUCACUUUAAAUAUACUGCUAUACAGAGUCCUGUUGUGAUGAAAAAACUGGAGCAAAAAUAGCUCUGUACUUCUAUUUUUAAUUAUAAAAAAAUUUACAUUUGAGGUUAUUUUUCUUUGUUAUAAGAAUAAUUUGCAACUUUUUCCCUCUUUCUCCUGGUUUAUUUAUAGACAAAUAAAGGAUUGUGUUUGAAUUCAA